UUUGUCUCAGCAGGUAGGUGUAGGAGUGUGUGUGUGUGGUGCUCCGCUGAGCCAGUAUGGAGUGUGUGUUUGUCAGAGGAUGGGCGUCGGGCUCUGCUGUGGUGUUCCUUCACACGCUGGCCUUGUCAUGGACGGGUGCGGUUGAGAACGGCCCCACGAUAGACGGCCGGCACCACGCGGCUCUGACCUUGAAGGAGAACAUGACACACAAGUUCAGCUGCCAGACAGACAGCUGGGACCCCCACGCCCCCCCCGUACUGACCUGGUACCUGAACGGAGAGCAGCAGAUGGAGCCCGUCAUGAAGCGGGGCCGUCUGGUGACGAGCACUCAGAGGGGUCCCGGCGUCAAAAGGCCCGUGGCCAAUCGGAACAGCACCUUCUCUCUGAGGGCCAGAAAGUGGGACAGGGAGCUGGUGUGUGUGGCGUCGAACCCCAGCACAGGCGAGAGCUACAACGCCACGGUCACACUCAAUGUCCAGUUCCAGCCAGAGAUCCUCAGGGUGAACGCCCAGUACAGCGAGACCUCAGACCCGGGCCUCGCCCUGGUCCUCUUCGCCUUGGUACGCUCCAACCCGCCCGCCACCAUCAACUUUGUGGACCAGUCCGGCCGCCUGGUGGCCAACACCACUGACUUCCUCAUCCUGGACUCCCGAAGCUACCCCUGGCUGACCAAUCACUCUCUGAAGGUCACACUCAACAGCCUGCAGGGGAACGUCUCAUUAAACGCCAGCAACAGUGUGGGAACGGCGCAAAGCAACCUCACGCUGGCCGAGUUCCUGCAGUCCCGUGUGGAGGUCCCCAUGCUGGGGAUCGUGACCGGCGGAGCCAUGGCCUUCAUGGCCCUCCUCAUCCUCAGUCUGAUAGUUCUCUGCCUCAUGCAAAAAAACAAGAGCAAGUCCAUCGACGAGCCCGUGGAGAUCCUCAUGGCCAAGAAGAGUGACUCAGCCAAUCUGAAGACAGAGAAGGCUGAUAAGACGUACAUCCCCAGAGAGAACAUGUCUCUGCCGUCCAACAUGCAGCUCCACGACCUCAGCAGUUUGAGAAAAGCUCGUGAGACCGCGCAGCAGAACAGCGUGGGAGAGCAGAAAAAAGAGGAAGAGGAGGAAGAUCUGUCUUUAGCCUACGCCGCCAGAGGGUUCGCCAGAUAUCCGAUGGUGGGAUACAUCUAUAAGGUGAACAGCACAAGCAGCGAGGAGAUCUGGCUCUGACCCACCGGGAAGAGACCCUCAUGUCGUGUUGUUGUCCAGACCACCUGACCCGAGUCAAGUCAAGACCAAGAUCUUGAAAAUUCGGCCGGUCUGGAGAACUGCAACACUAACAUAAAGUGUACGUGCAUGCGGAAGUCCUUCGAACAGAGCAGAGACGAACUGGAGGUUUCAUCCUCUGCUUCCCCGAAUCAUCGACAUGAACUUCAGGCGUCCAAACCUCUGGAUGUGUCCUCGUCGUGUGCGUACUUGGGUGUUUCCACUGCUGAUGUGUUGUCUCAACAAAGCAAAGUGUGAUCCCCUGCCUUCAUAUGUUUAAAA